CUAAAUUUUACUUCUUUCUCUCAUCCAAAAAAAAACAAGAACCCUGAAAUAGAGGAAACAGGGGAUGGUUAGAACAAGUUUAAUGUCUACCCACCGCCUCUGAACCCCCUUUCUCUCUCUCUGCAACUCUAUUGAAGUCUGCUCCUUUGUUGUUUCUCUUGUUUUCUGCUAUAUCCAUUUCAUUUAGCUGGUUCUAGAUCUCUAUUUUAGUUUUGUUCUGUAGUACAAUUUCUUGUUGUUUUUUAUACUCUUUUGACUGGAGAAGAUAUGAAUAAAGAAGAGUUCUUGAAAAUCAGGACUUGUGUUCUGAAAGUGCAUAUACACUGCGAUGGAUGCAAGCAAAAGGUUAAGAAAAUAUUGAAGAAAUGUGAAGGGGUUUAUCAAACAAGUAUAGAUCAGGAACAAGGGAAGGUAACAGUAUCAGGAAAUGUUGACCCUAAAGAACUGAUAAAGAAGCUUGAGAAAUCAGGAAAACAUGCAGAACUAUGGGGUGCUCAAAAGAGUUCCAACAAUAAUAACCAGAAUCAGAAUCAAAGUCAAAAUCAGUUUAAGAAUAUACAAGUGGAGAGUGGAAAUAAAGGUGGCGGUGGUGGGAAGGAUACCAAAGCUCAGCAGAAAGGUGGGAAAGAACAACCAAAGGUUGGUGGUGGUGGAGGUGGAGGUGGAGGUGGUCUUAACCAGCAACAGAUGCAACAGCUACAGCAGCUGAAAGGGUUUAAAGAUCUGAAUAAUUUACCUCAACUUAAAGAUUUGAAGUUGCCAUUCAAACAACAAGACCAGAAAUCUGUGAAAUUUACUUUGCCAGAGGAGGAUGAUUACAGUGAUGAUGAUGAUUUUGAUGAUGAAUUUGAUGAUGAAGAUUACACUGAUGAUGAUGAUUAUACUGAUGAGGAAGAUUUUGGUCAACCACCUCCUAGCAAAAUGAAGAACACGGUGGGUCACGGACACGGAGGAGGAGGUGGUGGUAGUAAUAAUGGUGGUGGCGGCGGCGGCGGCGGCGGUGGUGGUGGGAUGUUAAGUGCUGUGAUGAAAGGGCUUUCACUGGGUGAUAAGAAUAAGGGUGGUGGUGGGGAUGGAAAGAAGGGUGGUGCGGUGCCUGUAGGUAAGGUUGGAAAUAAUGAUUCCAAGAAUGGUAACGGAGGCAAAAAAGGAGAUGAGAAAAGUAAGGGAGGUAAACAGCAAGAUGGUAAAAAUGGAGGAAAGCCGCAAGACUCUAAAAAUGGUGGCAAACCACAAGAUGGUAAAAAUGCUGGUGGUGGGGGUGGAAAGAACAAUAAUGAUAAGAAAGGUGGUAAUGGAGGUGGUGGUGGGGGUAUGAAUAUGAUGAACAUGAUGCAACAAGGUGGGUUCAAUAACAUCAACGAUGCCGCACGUGCUGCUGCCCUAGGGGGCGGCGGAGGUCCAAUGGGAAAUAUGAAUGUGAUGCAGAUGAGGCAAAUGGGUCAGAUUCCGGCAGUUCAAGGAUUACCCGCGGCAGCAAUGAAUCCAGGUGGUGGUGGUUUUUAUCAGGGAGCAGCAGCAGGGCAUGAUAUGCUUGGUGGUGGAAUGAACCCAUAUAACCAACAAGCCUAUAUGGCAGCUAUGAUGCAUGGAAAUGGAGGCAGUGGCCAUCCGAUGAUGUACGCCAGACAACAACCAGUGUCGUAUUACCCUCCCCAACAAACCGCAGAUCCUUACAUGCAUUAUUUCAGCGAUGAAAACACUGGUAGUUGCAAUAUCAUGUGAUGAUUUUUGCGUAUGCGGCAGCGGAUAUAGCAGAAAAGAUCGGAGUUAAACAAGGAAAAGUUAGUUUUUUUUUUUAAUUAGUUUUGUUUUGGUAUGUAUUACUUGGUUAAUUAAUUAGCUAGUUGAAGAAGAUUAGGGUUUUAAGUAUAUCUAUUUUAAAUGUAGUAAUUUAUAGAUAUGAGAAGAUUAUAUGUAUGUGAAGUUCAGACUUCAGCAAGGGGAUAAGUUUGAGAGAGAAUGUUGGAGAAAAAGAGAGACGGAUGAUGUUGUUGUAGGAGGAUAAGCUGCUACAUUAUGAGGUAGAGAAACUUUGUUGUUGUUGUUGUGUGUUGUGUUAAUACUCUGUGUUGUCUAUAAGUUGGAAACAAAAUAAGUUAAAACAGCAAAGGAAAACUGUCUUUGAGCUGCUUUUCCUAUCUAUUUCAUUGUUUCCCCAAUCA